GAAGGACUGCGAAGAGAAAUGAAGUUGUUGUGUUUGAGUGAACUUUGGGAGGUGUAAGCGCCAUGUACUCUCUCUGUCUGUCAAGGUCAUGACGUCCCUAAGGGGUUGGCUCAAGGUCAAGUGCAAGUCUACAGGGUCGCUUAUUGGGGACAGACCAUAUCCGACCGGUGUUGACGCGGAGCAGCGUUGAAGCAGUCCUACAGCUCUGUGGCUCCACGUGGUCCAGUUCCAGAGACACUCCCUGGGCGCCAAGGCAGACAUGGAGCUGGGAUCUACGCUGGUGGCUGUGAGGAGCACCAGGGUUGUUCUGUCGGGACAAGUCCGCCCCGCGGUCAUCCUGAUCAAGGAUGGCAAAAUCCACCAGGUGCUUCCAGACGGGGAGUUGUCCAAGGACGCGGUGUCUGAGGUGUGGGACGUGGGCGACCGCGUGGUGAUGCCAGGGAUCGUGGACUCCCACGUUCACGUCAACGAACCCGGCCGCACGACCUGGGAGGGUUUCUGGAGCGCCACCAAGGCGGCGGCGGCGGGAGGUGUGACGACCUUGGUGGACAUGCCGCUGAACAGCAUCCCUCCCACCACCACGCUGGCUAACUUCCAUUUGAAGCUGCGAGAGGCGACAGGGAAGUGUUUUGUGGACACGGCCUUCUGGGGCGGCGUGGUUCCCAACAACCAGCUGGAGCUGCAGCCCAUGAUCCAGGCGGGCGUGGCCGGCUUCAAGUGCUUCCUCAUCCACAGCGGGGUGGACGAGUUCCCCCACGUGGGCGAGUGCGACCUGCACGCCGCCAUGAAGCAGCUGCAAGGCACAGGAAGCGUGCUGCUGUUCCACGCUGAGCAGGAAGUUCAACAAACAAGUGACCACGGCGACCCCAAAGAGUACCACACCUUCCUGCAGUCCCGACCAGACCUGAUGGAGGUGGAGGCCGUCCGCACCGUCACACAACUCUGCCUGGAGUACAGGGUGCGCUGCCACAUCGUCCACCUGUCCUCCGCUCGGCCGCUCGCCCUCAUCCAGGAGGCCAGACUGGCCGGAGCGCCGCUGACGGUGGAGACCACCCACCACUACCUGAGCCUGAGUGCUGAGGACAUACCUGCCGGGGCCACGCAGUUCAAGUGCUGCCCCCCCAUCAGAGGAGCCAAGAACCAGGAGGAAUUGUGGACGGCGCUGAAAGGCGGCCAGAUCGACAUGGUGGUGUCAGACCACUCCCCCUGCACACCUGACCUGAAGAAGCUGGACUCUGGAGACUUCAGUCAGGCUUGGGGAGGAAUCUCUUCUCUGCAGUUCGGCUUGCCUUUGUUCUGGACCUCGGCCGCGCCAAGAGGUUUUCAGCUGGCCGACGUGGUCCGCCUCCUCUGCCGGAACACGGCCCAGCUCUGCGGUCUGGGCCACCUGAAGGGGAGCCUGGAACCUGGCUAUGAUGCAGACCUGGUGGUGUGGGACCCCGAGAGGGAGUUUCAGAUUAAAGAAGAGAACAUCCAUCAUAAGAACAAGGUAACGCCAUACCUGGGCGUCACACUGCGAGGCGUGGUGACGUCCACCGUCGUGAGGGGACAGCUGGUGUACCACGACGGCUCCUUCAGCCCUGAGACUCUGGGGAAGACCCUCCUCAUCCCUGCCAGGACCAGUCCAGGAGGAGAGUAGGACGCUGACAUGACUCAGUCGUUGGUCCAAAUUGGGCACAAAGUUACUGGAAGGAAUGUGUAUUCUAAUAAAAGAUUAUGAAAUGCU